CUCUGUCAAUCCUCCUGCAUUAUCGAGCUCAUAUACCUUAUUUUGCUACUGGCGGUCUUAACAUUUUGACAUCCAUCUACUUUUAUUAUUUUAUACCGACUUUCACCAUGCCUCACAAAGUCAGCGAUUCCACUUCGUCCCUGUCCAGCAGCGGCAGUAGCGGAAACCGGGUUGCUGUGACGGAUAUGCGAGGAUCGCAUACUGGCCCUCGUCGAACACAGCCUCCGGUAAUCGUUCAUAACCAGGGUGGUCAAAUCUACGACGAGACGAGACCUUCGGAUUGGGACAAGCAACGGUGGAAGUAAACUCAUCCACCCCAGCCUGUUCCGGGACGAAGAAGCUCCCCGAAGCGCUGCUGGGCAGCAGCUUGGGUCAAUUUGUCGCCGGGACCGCGGAUUAUCCGCGCGGCUUCAAUUCCAAAAGUGAGGCGGACCGAUCGACGGCUGCUUGG